AGGGGAGAAUGACCUAAAUAUAAAGUAUUCUGUCAAAAUAUUACUUCUAAUAGCAAUCAGUUUUUCAUGGUCAAGAACAUUAACUACGCAGUUUGUUCAUCAUGAAAAUGAAUAUAAUAGUUACCUUAUUAAUUUCACUAAUAUUACAAGUUGAAUCAAUUUUUACUACAGUACUUGAUUCUUUUUAUGGACAACAUCUUCAACAAGGAAUACCAUUCAGAGAAAAUACAUAUUUAGGAAAUAAACCUAUAUUGAAGGAAUAUGAUUUUAUUGUAGUUGGUGCAGGUCCAGGAGGCUGUGUUAUUGCAAAUCGUUUAUCAGAAAAUAAUAAUUUUUCAGUAUUAUUAUUAGAAGCUGGACAAGAUGAAUCAGUAUACACAGAUAUGCCUGCAGCUGCAAAAUACUUCCAAUCUACUGAUUAUAACUGGGGUUAUACUUCUGAACCAACAAAGAAUGGUUGUUUAGGAAGAAGUAAUAAAAGAUGUCCCUGGCCCAAAGGAAAAGGUCUAGGAGGCUCUUCAAUUAUAAACAAUAUGAUCUACACUAGAGGAAGCAAAGAUGACUAUGACCAUUUUGCAGCACUGGGCAAUAGUGGAUGGUCUUUCGAAGAAAUAAUGCCUUAUUUUUUAAAAUUGGAAAAUUAUACUAUAUCAGAAUAUCAAGACUCAAAUUUACAUUCAACUAAAGGAAAUUUACACAUAGAAAGAAUUCAAUAUGAAACACCAUUGAUAGAAAAAUUUAUUGAAGCAGGAGGUGAAUUAGGUUUAAGAAAAAAUAUAGACUAUACAGUUGAACUAGUAAAUGGAGUUUCUCGUGUACAAGCAACUACAAAGGAAGGACACAGAAUGAGUUCAGCUAAAGCAUAUAUUAAACCAGUGAAAGAUCGUCGAAAUUUACAUGUUGCAAUUUUCAGUAGAGUAACAAAAUUAUUAAUAGAUUCUGGAAUGCAAAAAGCUAUAGGUGUGGAAUUUGUGAAAAAAGGGAAAACAAGAAUUGCAUCUGCUAAAAAAGAAGUUAUAUUGUCUGCUGGCCCAAUAAAUUCGCCCCAACUACUCAUGCUAUCAGGAAUUGGACCAAAAGAACAAUUAAAAAAACAUAAAAUACCAUUAAUUAAAGAUUUACCAGUAGGUCAAAAAUUAGAAGAUCAUUAUGGAACAACUGGUUUAAGAUUCAAAAUUAAUCAAACAAAUAUUUCCAUUGAUGAACAAUCUUUAUCAGAUUUACUGGUCUUUGAUGAUUGGUAUACUUAUGGUAAAGGGCCUCUAACUAUACCAGGAGGAAUAGAAGGUUUGGGUUAUAUAAAAACCCCUUCAGGAAAAUAUGUAGAACUUAUACUUUCAUCUCUAUCAGAAACUUCUGACACAUUUACAAUAAUGCCAGUACUAUUACAACCAGAUGCAAGAGGACAAGUGACCUUAGAAAAUAAAAAUCCUUGGCACAAGCCAAUAUUAAACUAUGAUUUUUAUGAAAAUAAGACUGAUUUAAAUGAUUCUGUAUAUGCCUUAAAAUUUUCUGUCAAAUUAGUAGAAGAGACCAAUGCUUUCAAAAUCUUAGGAGCUAAAAUGGUACAAAUUCCUAUACCCGAGUGUGACACAUUUCGCUUUAAAUCAGAUAGCUACUGGGAAUGUUUAGCAAAGUAUACAACAUCCAGUUUUCAUAAUCAAUGUGGAACAUGUAAAAUGGGAGAUGUUGUCAAUAAUAAUUUGCAAGUAAUUGGAAUAAAUGGACUCAGAGUGGUUGACUCAUCAAUAAUACCAGUUAUCCCUAAAGCUCAUCUAUAUGCACCAACUCUUAUGAUAGCUGAAAAAGCAGCAGAUUUAAUAAAAAAUAAUUGGUCUAUAUAGAAGAGAUAAAAAAUAGUUGAUAACUACUAUUUAAUAAAAGAUAUAUUUUUACUUAA